AUGAUGACUGCUGAUGUUGGGUCUGAAUGUGGCUCGGUGGCGGAUUCCCUGCCGCACAGACUUGAAUCCCUCUUGCCCCAAGUCCAAGUCACAUUUCCCCGCCAGCACGAGCCGGCCACCCAAUCGCUCAAGGCAACUGGGCUCUCUCACUGCCUAAUCGCCCAAGCCUUCCCCGCACCGCCUGUCGACGCUCUCGUAUCGCCUAGCAUCACGGGUACCGAGCAGCCGCUGGCGGCCACCUGUUUCCAGUUGCCCCUGACGUGCGAGACCCCAGACCGGUCUGCGACUCCACGCCCGCCCCGACCACCACGCCGUGUAUACACCAACCAAGACCAGCACCAGCACCAGCACGAGCUCGAUCUGCACUCCUUCCCCAUUCAGCAUUCCCAUUCCCAAGUCACGUUGACGAAUUUCUCACAUCCUUGCUCGCCUGACCUACACCGCUCCCCUUCCCCUUCAUCAACCAUCACAUCCGACUCUGUCAAUUCGCGUUCCUCGACCAUCUCGUCAUCACGAGCAUCACUUGUAUCGGAGACAAUCCUCACUCCGGGGCAGUGCCCCAGCGACGAGAGCGACGACCCCAGCCACUUUGCCUUUAGUGUCCACAACAUGACGUCUGGGACGUUCUCCACUUCACCUCCGCAGUCAAUCGUCUGUACAACAGACGACGAGAUGGCUGCGCCCGUGUGGUUGUCGUCAUCCCUGGCUGGACGCCACCACAAUCACAACCUACUGCCGUUUGCCGCAAACGAGCCCAAGGACGCCUUCACUUCUCCCCACAACCCCCACCGGGCCUUCUCGGCCGUUCCAGAGUCGUCGUCACGGUCCAUGUCCCCUUCUUCCUUUUGCUCUCUCACAGACUCUUCCCCGGCCCCUGCCUCCAGUUCUGACCACUCGUACCACUCGGAAGGCAAGCCGGCGAUCCGCAUCACUGAGAGCUCUCGUGGUGCUCCCAAACUUUCAUUCACUCACGGUGGCGAAAGCCUUCUUGGUCCCCCUCUGCCUCCUAUUUCGCGUGCAAAAUCGCCAUCCGGGGAGGACUCUGCCUCAACGGUGACUGGCCGUGAGGGACGGCAUGGCGCAUCGCCUUCCCCGACUUCGCGAAAACGCCGCCUUGACGCACUCCGCAACCUCGUCUCCAACCUCGACUUUGCCCAGCCGUGGAGUGUCAUCGAGCAAGCUGAGCAGGCCAACGACGGGCUUUUCUGGUCCUCCUCCGAGAGCUCUCCGCCUCCCCAAUUGAACCGCCUCUCGCUUGGAAGCUCGUUUGACGCCGAAGAGGUGUCGAUCCUCGCAAGCGAGAGUGUCGUCUCCUUGCCGUCCAUUGACGGUACGGACAAACGCAACUCGGGCACCUGGCCGCGGUCUCGCCGCUAUAGCCGGUCAAUGGGCGCAUUAGUCGACAGCCUUCCUCGCGAAACUGUGGCCAAGGGGCCCAAGUCGCGUCGCAGCAUCAUCGCACCCGAGCGCCCCGUGAUUCCUCCACGUACCUCAUCGCGCCCCGUUCACACGCCCACGGACGCUGUGAACGACAAGAAGCCUCUUCUUCGGCUGAACCUCCUCGACAGCCCUAGACCCACGUCGCUACACCGCAAUGGCUCAGCUCUCCGCAAGUCGACAUCUCAGCGUCCCAUGGGUAGCCCCCGCGAACUUCCACGGCCGCGGCAGCGCAAGGAGUCGUUCGGAGUGGUGUACUCUGGGUACAGCAAGUCGCUGCGCCCAACCACUCCGCGCCCGCGCGACAACCCGACGUCAUGGCGCCAGUCUCUCCACAGCGACUACAUCUACGACCAGGUCGCGGGCGGCCCAGACGGAGCGAUGGAGGUCAAACGCCAAGAGAUCAUGUGGGAGAUGAGCGAGACCGAGGCAGCCUUUGUGCGCUCUUGUCGCGACGUGAUUCGUCUGUUUGUGGCCCCACUUCGCGAAGCCCAGGGCGACUGGAUGAAGGGUCUCCCAGCGGGGGUGUGCGACCUCUUCGAGGCUCUCGAGGCUAUUCAUAUCACGCACACGGAUAUCUCGACCGCGCAGCAGAUCGCUCGCCGCAGAUCCGAUGUCGUCGAGAUCGCUGCCUUUGUUGACCAGUUCGAGACGUGGGUCGCCCGCCUUGCCGUGCACGAGCGAUACCUCAUGCUUUUCAACACGGUCGUCGCCCAGAUCGAGGAGGCGGCCCGUGACCAGGCCAGCAUUUUCGGCGAGUUUCUUCGCCUCCAAACCCGCGACAAGGCCCUUGGAUCGCUCUCGUUGGGCAGCAUGCUUCUCAAGCCAGUUCAGCGCAUCACCAAGUACACGCUGUUCCUGAAACGUCUUCUUGCUGCCACCCCUUCGACGCACAAGUCCAACAGGGCUCUGCUCGGGCUCAUUGCCUCGACAGAGUCGAUCAUCGGUCGUCUGGAGGCCUGCAAGGCUCGUGAGGAUGACUUCCUUCAGCUCAUCUCGCUUGAGGAGCGCCUUGACGACCUGCCUGGCAAUUUUGACAUUGCCAUCCGUGGCCGCAGACUGCUCGCCCACGCGCAGGUGGUCCGCGCUAGUCGCGAGUCGCUGGGCGCCGCGAUGGGAAUGCCGCGAUCGGUGAGCGUGCGUUCGCUCAAGGCGACAAUGGCAGCCGUCCCCAGCUUCUCGUCCAUGAAGAUUUCCCAGCCGUCGUCACGCACGCCGUCCCGUGGCCCAUCCCGCGCCCCGUCGCGUGGAGCAUCUACUGACAGCGAGCUUCCUCCGCUUCACUCAAGAGGCCUUACGACGUCGCCGUCGUCUGGCACUUCGUCUAUCAACUCGAUCAGUGGGGCCGCCUCCCCUGCUCCUCAUGACCACUCGUUGUCACGCAGUCCCUCGUACUCUUCGUCGUUAGCCGACACUUCUCGGCCCAACAUGAACAUCAAGCUGAGCUCGUUCCGCAAGCCUCGUCGCGACGAGAUCCUCACCAUGCUCGUGUUCAACGACAUGAUUGCCCUGGCUGCGCCGGUUCCCGACAAGAACCUUUUCAAGUCGCGCAAGGCCGAGGCUGCGCACCUGCGGAUUCUCUCGGUGUACGAUGGUGGCCUCGGCACAGUCGAGGAGCUGCGAGAGCUCGAGGCUUCGGGUGGUAACCCGCGGUCGAUCGCGCUCACUAUCCGUUCCCCGGGCGGCAAUCUCUGCACGUCGGUCUACUCGGUGUCGCCGCAGACUAGCCUGUCUCGCCGAGCUCAGCGAAGUGCAGCGCUUCCUGGACGCGGCCUUGAGACGCUGCACCAACUGGUGGUAGCCAUCCAGACGACGAGGUCGUCUGGCCUGAAGGAGGAUGAGGUGUAA